AUGUUCGAAGUUCGUAGAGAGACGUUUGCAGUGAGCGGGAAUGGAAUUACGGAUCCGUGCCUGGAGGAAAGAUCGACAGGUCCUUGUAGAGCUCUUAUGAUAAGAUGGGGAUUUGACCAAGACUCAAAAAAGUGCAUACCAUUCUUCUACGGUGGCUGUGGUGGAAACAGGAACAACUUUGAAACUGAAAAGGAAUGUAAAGAAAGAUGUGUCGUGAAAGAAAAAAUAAGAAACUAA